UUUUAGAAUGCAAAAUACAAAUUUUACGUUUCAUGAGGCGAUGAAGGAUUCGCCAAACUUUAGAUACGAACUUGGACAAAGUGAACGCUAUUUUGACCGUCUUCACAAAAGAAUGGAAGAUAUGGUCAAUAUUGUCGACAUUGUAAUUGGAAAUGGUCAACGUUUUGUAGCUUCGUUAUAUGAUUUAACCGUGGCUUUAAACCGUCUUUGGUUGGAUUUGCAAAUUGAUGAAAAUAAAAACAAAAUGGCUUUGGAUACCUACAAACAAAUGUCAGAUUCUCUUUCACAAAUUGUUUAUUUAAAUAAAUCGCUUGUUGACUCGGCUUAUCCUUCUUUAAAGACGGGAUUUGAAUCUUUUAUGAGACGUGAAUUGGGAAAACUGAAUGAAGUCAAAAGCCAUUUUAAUAAUUUAUCGUCUUCGCUGUCUGAAGCGUUGUUGAAGAAAGCUGCGAUAAAUAAAAAUAAAUUUCAGGAAAUGCACGAUGCAGAAAAUUCUUUAACAGCAAUUGGAACAUGUUUUUCUCAUACUGGACUUGAUUAUGUUGCCCAAAUCAACAUUGUUAAUGCUCUCAAAUGCCCAAUAAUUUUGGAAACUCUUUGGGCGUUUAUUAAAGAACAUGGAAAUUUUUUUACUAAAGGAGCUCAUUUUUUUGCAGAACAACAAGAAUUUACUGUUAGAGAUGAAUUGGCAGCGCUUAGAACUUCUUACAAACAAAUUGAAAGGCGAAUGCAGGAUAGACACACUUUUGUUCCUAAAGUAGGGUUUUUAUGUGAAAUAUUUCAAUAUCCAUCUGGAAUACCUACUGAUCCUCAAUGUAUUAUGGAAGGUUAUCUUUUCAAAAGAGCAACAAAUGCUUUUAAAACUUGGAAUAGAAGAUGGUUUAUGAUUAAAGACAGUAAAUUGCUUUAUUCACACAAAACUGUGGAUGGAGAACCAGAAGUUCCAACAGUAAUGGAAGAAAAUUUAAAGCUUUGUUUAGUUCGACCAGCUCCAGCAUCAAUAGAACGUGCUUGUUGUUUUGAAUUGGUUACACCUUCAAAAAAUCAUUUAUUGCAAGCAGAUUCUGAAUCUCUUUGUAAUGCUUGGAUUAGAGCUAUUCAACGGACUAUACAACAUUUACAUGAAGAUGAUCAAGGAACGUAUACACAUUCAAGAAGAUCAUUUGUAGAGAAUUUUGAAUCAAAAACACCACAAUCUGUUCAUUGCAAACUUGACACAGCAUCAACUUCAUCUGCUAAAAGUGACGUAGGAGGAGGAGAACAUUCUUCUGAAUCUUGUAGUCUACAAGAAAGAAAAUCAAAUUUCGGCAUUACAACACCUUCAAAACAUUCUGACAAUGAAAAACAAAAUAUGAAAAUAUUUUUAAAAGUAUUACUUUCAAUUCCGGGAAAUGAAAAAUGUGCAGAUUGUGGGUCGAAAGAUGCAAAAUGGACAAGUUUAAAUUUGGGGAUUAUUAUCUGUAUUGAAUGUAGUGGUGUUCAUAGAGGUUUGGGUGUUCAUUUUUCUAAAGUUCGGGAGCUAUUUUUUUCCGCGUUCUCUUUAUCCUAGUUUAACGGAACUUUUCGAUGUUUUGCCCCAAGUGUUUGGCCUCAACCCACUCCCCAAGAUGGGUCCACUUAUUAAAGGAAAGCUUUCUCUUUUAAGUAUAUACCGUGAAUGCU